AAUUGAUUGGUCACUGGGUGGCGAUCAAUGUCAUGCGUGUCUAGUCCUUAUUAGUGCAGAUCGAAUGCUAUCGAUCAUGUUGCAAUGUGCCAAGUAACACGAAAUCCGGAUCGAGGGUUUCCUGUCGACUACCACCAACCACCAUUUAACAUCAAUCCAUUGUCUGAAACUUCACUGUUCCUUUUGCAAAUAUCAGUCUAUUGUCUCAGAUUUCAUUGUUUAUGUAUCUUCAUACUAAUUGCGCUCCGGUCCCGUUUAUUUUCCUUAUCGAUCUUCUACUGAAAUACAUUCUAUACCCGAUCAUCGUUAUAUACUACUUAUAUGGAUAUAAAUAACCGACAUCACACUAUAAUGUUUUGUUUAUUAAAAUGCUUAGUUCAAAUCACAAUUUAUAACAAUUAACACUAUAAAACUAAAUUCACAUCACAUGUAUAAAGAUUUACAUGAUAUUCAAUUCAUUUCAAUAUGACGACUAUAAACAAGGUCAGUAUAAAAGUAUCCAAUCUCAUUCAAUGAUUUAUAUUACAAUGAAUGUAUUGGUUACACAAUCAUUAUUCUAUACCAUAAAUAUGAAAUCAUGUUAAUGUAAUACAUUACAAAUUAUGAACAAAUUCUUUUAUCAUAUACUAUUUAUAUUCAUUUAUUAUAUCAUUAAAAUCAAUUGUAAUAUCAAUUCAAAAUCAAUAAAUCAAUCAAUUAUUUAUGAACCGAAUUGGAAUUCAUUAGAUAAACGUCCAUUACCAAAAUGGUAUGAUGAAGCUAAAAUUGGUAUAUUUAUACAUUGGGGUGUAUUUUCUGUACCUAGUUAUAGGACUGAAUGGUUUUGGUGGAUGUGGCAAGGUGACAAAACAACAAUGCCUGAAAUACCGGAAUAUAUGCGUAAAUAUUAUGAACCAGAUUUUGCAUAUGCCAAUUUCGCAAAACAAUUUCAUGCGGAAUUUUUUGAACCUGAUAAAUGGGCUGAUUUAUUUCAAAAAUCAGGAGCACGUUAUGUAGUACUUACUGCGAAACACCAUGAAGGUUUUUGUAAUUGGCCGUCUAUUAAUUCAUGGCAAUGGAAUUCAAUGGAUAUUGGUCCAAAUCGUGAUUUGGUCGGUGAUUUGGCUACAUCUAUUCGUAAAAGAACUAAAUUAAGAUUUGGUGUCUAUCAUUCCUUAUUUGAAUGGUUUAAUCCAUUAUAUUUGUACGAUAAAGCAAAUAACUUUACAACACAAACAUUUGUUGAACAAAAAACAAUGCCAGAAUUAUAUGAUUUAGUAUUACGUUAUAAACCAGAAGUGAUUUGGUCUGAUGGUGAUGCUGGUCCAGAUACAUAUUGGAAUUCAACACAAUUUCUUGCUUGGUUAUAUAAUGAAUCACCUGUAAAAGAUACAGUUGUUACAAAUGAUCGUUGGGGUAAUGGUUGCCCAUGUAAACAUGGAGGUUACUAUUCAUGUGAUGAUCGUUAUCAUCCUGGUAAAUUAGUGAGACAUAAAUGGGAAAAUUGUAUGACAUUAGAUUGUUGUUCAUGGGGUUUUAGAAGAGAAAUAACUUUAGAUAAAAUAUUAACACCAGAACAACUUAUUUCUGAAGUUAUUGAGACUGUUACUUUUGGUGGAAAUAUUCUCAUUAAUGUUGGUCCAACUUCAUGGGGAACAAUUUUACCUAUUUAUGAAGAACGUUUAUUACAAUUAGGCGAAUGGUUAUCUAUAAAUGGUGAAGGUAUUUACGCUACUCAACCAUGGAGAAUUCAAAAAGAACCAAAUUAUGAUUUUGUUUGGUAAGUAGUUUAAUUAUGUUCAACAGAGUUGAUGUAACAGAUUGGGUAAUAGAAUAUCAUGAGUGUUUAUUUAUGAAUUUACAGAGAAGGAAAUCUUACCUGGACAAUUUCUCAUGGGAUAUAAUUGUCUUUCGUUUGAACUUCAAAAGUAACAUGUUGAAAGGGUGUUUGGUUUAAUCUUUAAGGGAUUUGUAUUGAAUAAUAUUUCGACUUGUUUCUUUUGUAAUCAAAAGUUUCGUCGGAUUGCUGUAGAUUUAUUCCAGUUGUAGUUUUGUGUUCAACAUUCGUCAGAGUUAAAUGUUCCGAGAAAUAUACUGAAUAGAUAAUCAUAACUUUCAAUAGAGAAAGAACAUUGAAAAGAUCACAAUUGUUAAGGUUGUAACAUUAUACAAAGCAUUUUAUGAAAAUCUUGAAAGACACAUUUGGAAGACCUAAUCGCUUAAGUAUUUAAGUCUCUUUUAAUUGAAUUUAAAAACAAUUUGUUCAAAUCAAUGAGCUUUAUUUAUUUUUUUGUGAUCUUCAGUCCCUUUUGAUACUUGAACUGGAAUGACAACAUUAGAUCUUUUCUAUAUUGUAUUAUCAUUGUGGUAUUUUCAUUUGUAUUUAAUAAAUAAAUGUCUUGGUAUGUACAAGUGCAGCACGUUUUUUCAGAUUAUUUUCAUCUUUACGCGGCACUUUCAGAAAUUAGGAAAGAUGGAAUGAAUAGGGAAACGUGCUCACCUAUAUAAAUCUCACGGACUUAUAGAAGUGUCAGUAAUCAAAAUGAAAUCAGUGUGUUUUCCAUAGGUUAUAUUAUAAGAUAACGCAAUAGGAAGGAGGAAUAUGCAUUUGUCGUGAAAAGUUACAAUGUAUUUACAUAAUACUUAUGCAUAGCCUUCAAUGAUUCAUUUGCAUCUUUUGGUGUGUUCUAUCAUCUCAAACGUCUUAUCGUCUGACCUCCAAGUGUUCUACCAACCCCAAGCUUUCUAUACAUUGAAAUACUUUACUACGUCUGACGAUUGUUGGAUUUCAUUGCCACGUUCCGCCACACACUACUUACAAACAUUCUUGUGAGCAGCGUCCACUACAAUAAUAUUAACAACUAUUUUUGUCCAAUAGAUGUUGAUUGAAUAGACUGAAAAUGUAAGAUAAAUGCAGAUACAGUUAAUUAUUUUAUUGAAAUGAAACUGAAAACCAUAACAGAAUAAUCACCGGAUUCACAUACUUUGCAUAAUAUUUUAGCUGAAAUAUUGCAAAUAUCAGGAAAGUUCAAGUUAGAUUUCAGUAAGAUGAAAACCGUAUGUAAAUUUGGGUUUGUAGAAAACGUUUCAAAGCACAAUAAUUUGGUGUAAUUAUAGUCGUAAGGAACACAUUGUACCGGGAAUUGGAAUCAAACGUCAAAAGUGUUAUAACUUGUUGCUUGUGUGCCCUGUUAAUGUAUAACGUGAUGAUACAGCCAAUUAGAGAGCACUGAAUUAUCGACUGGACGAAUGACGCAUAAAACUUGUACGAGCAGUCUAGAGUCCUUACAGGUCCUACUUCAUGCCUAGCUUUGCCCUUUGAAUUCAGAACACAAAUAUAAGCCUAGGUUUAUAUCCAAACCACAGAUCACAUCAUACCAUAAAAUAGAAAAUAACAUUUGUGCAAGAUUUAGCCGAAAGUGGCUGUGAAUGUGGGGGGUAGUAAUUGAUAGACUGGAUUCAAUAAUUGUAAAUCGUAUAAUAAUAGUUCAUGGGUCAAAAUAAAGCUUAUAAUAAGAGGAACACGAAUAUGAAUAGUUUAUUUACUCAACAAUUAUACAAUAAAAAUUUAAGUAUAGUAGUAGUUCAGAAAUAGAUUCCAACAAUUACUGCUCAUUAUUCUCAUCGGGAUAUGACAAAAAGAAUAAAUAGCAACUGCAAACAUCUGAAAAGGAUUACCCAGAACAGAGUUCAAUGGCGAAUGCUGAUAUGUGGCCUAUGCUUCUUCAUGAUGCAUAACAGGCGUAAGUUAAUAAAUUUGGACGAAGCAGUUUA